UUCAUUUGCACUCAAAUAAUUUUGCUGCCUCCUCUGCAGCUGCCAGACCUGUUCCUGCUGCUGCUCAGGGAGAGUGUCUGCAGAGUACCUUGCUGACCACUGAGAACAUCAUGAGCUCAAGCUAUUGGAGUGAGAUGAGCAGCAGCAGCUGUGGGAUUCCACAACCCCCAGAGGUGCUGCAGUGCCAGCCCCAGCAUUACCACUGUUACCAUCAGUCAAGCCAAACCCAGCACCCACCAGAAAAAAAUGUAGUGUACGAGAGAGUGAGGACCUACAGUGGGCCCAUGAACAAAGUUGUUCAGGCCUUGGACCCCAUCAGCUCACAGGAAGUUCUCUCUCCUCUCAAAACUGCCUCCUCCUACCAAAAUUUGGUUUGGAGCAACCAUUCUCAGGAACUCCAUUCUCCAACUCUGAAAAUACCUACUUGUCCUCCAAGCACUGUACGUAUAACCCCAAAUACUGAACAGGAACUCCAUUCUCCAACAGUGAAAGUCAGUCCAUAUCCACAGACUACUAUUAGGAGAUACAUAGUACAAAAUCCUGAACAGGAACCAGUUUCUCCAUUCCUAAGAGGAGGCCAUUUCUUCCCAGGAAACAAUAUUAUUUAUGAAAAAACAAUAAGAAAAGUAGAGAAACUAAAUAUGGAUCAGGAAUACUAUCCACAGAUCCAAUGCCAUCAUCACAUUGUCCAAGAACCUCGGAUCAUCCACUCUCCACAUUGUCAUCAAUCCCAUUCUAGCCAACAAAUCCAAACCAUCACAGGAAGUGAUUCAAUUUCUACAAACACUGGAAAUGAACUGUGCCAUGGUGGAUCAAGCAAUAUACAUGAUCAGGUGAUAAUUCAAGAUGAUGGCCCUGAAAAGUUGGACCCCAAAUAUUUUGGAGAGUUACUUGCUGAUCUAAGCCGUAAAAAUACAGAUCUGUAUUAUUGUUUACUAGAACAUUUGCAGAGAAUUGGAGGAAGCAAAGAGGACUUUGAGUCUACAGAUGAAUCAGAAGACAUUGAAUCCUUGAUUCCUAAAGGAUUGUCAGAGUUUACAAAACAACAAAUUCGUUAUAUUUUGCAGAUGAGGGGUAUGUCUGAUAAAUCACUCCGGCUAGUGCUGUCCACAUUCAGCAACUUACGGGAGGAGCUUGGACAUCUUCAAAAUGACUUGACAUCACUGGAAAAUGACAAGGUUAGACUUGAGAAAGAUGUGGCAUUCAAAGAAACUCAAAUAAAAGAGUAUGAAGAACUUUUAGCAUCAGUGAGAGCAAAUAACCACCAGCAACAGCAAGGACUUCAAGAUUCAACCUCAAAAUGCCAAGCAUUGGAAGAAAACAAUCUCUCUCUUCGACAUACACUAUCAGACAUGGAAUAUAGACUAAAAGAACUGGAAUACUGUAAGCGUAAUUUAGAACAAGAGAAUAAAAAUCUUAGAAUACAGGUUUCUGAGACUUGCACAGGCCCAGUGCUGCAGACAAAAAUGGAUGAGAUUGGGAACCAUUACAUGGAGAUGGUAAAAAACUUAAGAAUGGAGAAAGAUAGAGAGAUCUGCAAGCUAAGGACUCAAUUAAGUCAGUACCAAAAAGAUGUUUCAAGAAGAGAAGGAAGUUGCAGUGACUUCCAAUUCAAGCUUCAUGAACUGACAAGCUUGCUGGAAGAGAAGGAUUCCCUUAUAAAGCGUCAGUCAGAGGAACUCUCAAAGUUGAGACAAGAAAUAUUUUCAUCUCAUAACCAACCCUCCAGUGGUGGAAGGACUACUAUUACCACUAAAAAGUACAGGACACAAUAUCCAAUCCUAGGCCUCCUUUAUGAUGACUAUGAAUAUAUACCACCAGGUAGUGACACACAGACUAUUGUGAUUGAGAAAACAGAAGACAAAUGGACUUGUCCAUGAAUGGAUCCCCAACUCAAAGGAGCUUUUUGUGCAUCUACAUUAGUACUUUUCCAUACAUUUCCCAUAACUAAUAGUCAAUCAAAAUAUUGAACCAUGCAACUACCCAGUAAAUUUAAUGGAAUGAAUUAUUUCUGCAGAUAACAAUUUCUCCAGCCACUAAUGAGGCUUUUCUAUCACAUUUUUCAAUAGUAUUCAGUAGUAUUCAAUAGUAAAACCUGCUUGUUUAAACAUCAAUUCCAGACACUGUAGAACAUAAUGCACUGUUUUUUCAGUUAGGGUACUUCCUAGACACUGAACUAAUUUGUUGGGGUAGAGAUUUUACAAGUUAUUCCAUUACAAAUUUUAAAGUAAAUACUGUUUCUCAACCAAAAAAAGGCAAAACUAUUGAAUUUUUUUAAAAAAAGUUAACUAUAUUGUAUAUACAGCAUGUUUGCUUUUCUCACAUUAACCUCUGUGACUAAAAGAGAUGCUCUAUUACAUGCUAUUUAUACCUUUUAGAGACAUGACUAAAUUGAAGGUGAUGGUUAAUUUCAUUUACCAGGGAAGUAGGAUAAUAUCUUUUAAAAUAACUAAAUCCACUAAAUUACACAUUAUACUACUGUGAUUCUAAGAACAUAUCAGUGGUUUGGCUUGGCAAAUCUGUUCUUUCAGAGCAUAUCAUCCUCAAAUGAGUCCAUCCACUUCCUUAGAAAUAUGUAAUACUAUUUUGUAGGAGUGGGUAUAAGGAAGGCGGGCUUUUUAAUAAAAGUAUACAACAUGUAAUACUGAAUUGUUGCAUUAAGGCUUUGGGAAUAAAAAGAGCAAGAACAAAUACUUGAUACAUGUAUCCUAUUUGGGAGAAAAAGAUUUUAUAGUAUUUAAUGGACUUAGAAGUUGGUUGAUUAAUUGGGUUCUAAUGACUUUGCCACGUGAACAAAAAUAUUUUCCAAAUACAUUAGUAAAUAAGAAUGAAAUUUCUUAAUUUCAACCCCUAUGGUUAAAGUUAAAAUUGGUGAAAAUUAAAAUGAGAUAAAUGCUUUUAAUAUUCUUAUAUAAAUAUUCAAAUAGACCUAGAUAUGAAGCUAAGAUCUUUAUGUUAUAAUCUUAAUACAUUUACUAAAAUGUUAAGCUUUAUAAUUGGAUUAAUACAAUUCCACUUUUAUCAAUAUUUUGUGAUAGAAAAUGUUAAUAUUCUUCAUGAGCUAUACAGUCCUUACAUUUUUUUCCCUUGGUGUAGGAACAACAGCAGUUUCUCCCCUGCUAACUACACAUGUAACAAAAUUAUUCCACAUUAUCUACUCAUUACAUUUGAUAUAAAUGGAAGAUUUUAAUAGCCUGAUAGAAAAUUGCUGCCAUAACUGAAACUUAGAACAAGUGUGAUUUUCUAAAAAUGUUCUUAAAUAAAAAUAACAAUGUCCAAAUUUGGGGACAGUUAAAAAAUUAA